AUGACUACAACAUACGACAAUGAUGAAAGUAUUCAACAGCGAUCAGCGCCACCAGAAAAAAGGCAAUCUAGUGGGCCAGACGCUUUUGUCAUAGGGCGACCACAAACAGAAAACGGCCGAAUUAGUAAUGCUCAACAGAGUCAACGGCAUGCGAGCGCGGGCGUGUAUAAUCCAGCAUCAGAAGAAGAACAUAAUAAAGCUUUACUUGAACAUCUAUCGUCUGAUUUGGGUAAUUUACUGAAUCGAGUUGAUAUCAGUGAUUGUUACCUCAAUGUUCGAGGUACUUAUAUGGCCGUUCACAAAUGCAUACUUGCGGCUCGUUCAAACGCUUUUGCAGCGGUUAUAUCGGGUAAUUUCAAUCGACUUCCGAAUGAUGAAAGAGAACAACUCGAAACAAUGACACAUAAAGACAAAUUAGUUAUUAAUAUUAAUAAAGCAGUUCCAGAAAUAAUGAAACAAGUUAUUGUCUUCAUGUACACGGGUCGAUGUGAAUUAGAUGAUAGCAAUUGUUAUGCUCUUCUUGAUGCUGCUGGUCGAUACGAUAUUAAAGAUCUGAAAGUUCAUACUGGUCGUUUUCUUUCCAGUCGUAUUAAUACAACUAAUGUAUUAAUGUUACUCAGAGCAGCCUACAAAUACGACAAUAAAUUGAUUAAACAAUGUUGCAUUCAAUAUUUUAUUCGGAAUGCUAAAGAGAUUAUGGAUAUACAUGAAUUAUGGAAGAAAUUUGCUGAAGAACAACGAGAAAUAGUUGCUGAACUUCUUCAUUGGCAUGUUAACAGCGAUUUAUUUUAUAAAGAUAAACCUCAUUGGGACGCAGUUUCACAGUGGUAA